ACAACAAUUACUAAAACGACCGAAAUCUUAACCUUAAUCCACGACACCAAACUCAUUCAAAGAAACGUAAGACCGAAGAGUCGAAGAAGAAGAAGAGGAGCAAGUGAUCGCGCGUGUACUAUUCCCAUGUCUCCAGGAGAGGCAUAGAUUGAACCCCACCUUCUCCUUUCCGCCAUGCCGGUACCCCCCAAACCCAUCAACACCUUCACCAUCACAAUCAUGCUCACUUGCACCUUCUUCCUCCUCUUCUUCUCCGGCUUCCUCCACUUCCCCUCCAUCUCCUCCUCUCUCCCACCCAUCGUCCGCCCCAUAACGCCCCCCACGGGGGAGCCCUUCACCGAUCUGCUCGCCGCCUUCAGGAAAUGGGACCAACAAGUGGGUUGCGCUCGCUUCAGGGAGAAACCAAAUGGGGUGUCCCUCAACCACUCAAAGGUUGCUUCUUUGCAGGAAUUUGGCGCCUGUGGAGGGUUGGAACUGAACCAUGUUAGCGUUUUGGUCAAAGGGUGGACUUGGAUUCCUGAUAACUUGGAUAACUUGUACUCAUGCUCUUGUGGGUUGAGCUGCUUGUGGACCAAAUCGCCCGUUCUCGCUGACAAGCCUGAUGCUUUGCUGUUUGAAUCGUCCACGCCUCCGCUUCAGAGACGCAUGGGAGAACCUCUUCGUGUAUAUAUGGAUCUCGAAGCUGGCCGAAAGAGAUCAGGUCGAGAGGAUUUAUAUAUUAGUUAUCAUGCUGAGGAUGAUGUACAGGCAACCUAUGCUGGUGCACUUUUUCACAACGGUCGAAACUAUCACGUCUCCAACAAAAAAAACAGUGAUAUACUUGUUUAUUGGUCCUCAUCACGGUGUCUCUCUCAAAGGAAUGAACUUGCCAAGAAACUCCUUGGCUUACUGCCGCAUCAUUCAUUUGGAAAGUGCCUAAAUAAUGUUGGUGGUCUAGACAUGGCUCUUUCUCUCUAUCCCGAAUGUGCAAAUGAUGCCAACGUUACACCAAAAUGGUGGGAUCAUUUACAUUGCGCCAUGUCUCACUACAAGUUUGUUCUUGCAAUUGAGAACACUUUUACCGAGAGUUAUGUGACGGAAAAGUUAUUCUAUGCCUUAGACUCUGGUGCAGUUCCUAUCUAUUUUGGUGCACCAAAUGUCAUGGAUUUUGUUCCUCCACAUUCAAUAAUAGAUGGUAGAAAAUUCAGGUCGUUGGAAGAGUUGGCUUCAUAUGUGAAGGCCGUGGCUAAUGACCCGGUAGCAUAUGCAGAAUACCAUGCAUGGAGAAGGUGCGGUGUACUAGGUAACUAUGGAAAAACCCGAGCUGUGAGCCUUGACACGUUGCCAUGCAGACUAUGUGAAGCUGUUGGCAGAAAAGGUGGAAGAAAUGCAAGAAGCUAGGUUGAGUUUUUUGGUUAAAUUUGUAGCUCUGCUUCAUAGAGAUAGAUGCAUUGAAUAUAAGCUUGCAACCUGUAUAGAGGCUCAUUGUUUGUUUCUGUGAGCUAAGUAACAUUUGAACGAAAGGAAACAAGAUUAUGGAUUAUAUUCCAUUUGUUUUAUUUUUUUAACCCCUCCGACCCACAACCAAUCUUCCCAUGACAUGUAUUUAAGGGAAUGUUUGUUUUAAUGUAUCGUUUUUGCAUUCCUAGAAA